AUGACCAUGAUCAUUGUGGUCGUGAUCAAAACGUCAAUGACGCCAUUAAUCGUGAUCACGUCAAGCUCACGACGCUCAUGGUUCUUUGGUGAAACUGAAGCGGAAACGGAAGAGAAAAGUGGUCUUUAUUUGCCAUCUGGAACACCUUACCAUACAACAAGAAGACACACAGUUGGACCUGGUGAUGCAGUGCACCAAUCUCCUUCGUCAUAUCCUUAUCAUCAUAUGUCAGGCUAUCAAACUUUACGGCCUCUUCCUGUUCUUCAGUGUAAUAUGGAUCCUCAAGUUUUACCACAUACCAAUUUACCAUUAAAUCUUCCCUUAGUUCAACAUCAGCCGCCACAAAAUUUCCAAAUAAAGGAUCAACAUUUAUUGAAACCACCUCCUGUAAUGGGUGCUACCGGAGGUUUUGGUAGAAGAGCUUCAGAUGGUGGAGCAAACCUUCAUAUAUUUCAUCAACAACAUAGUAGUAACAUUAACAAUGAUGAAGAUAAUGGCUGGAGUCAACCUGGUAGUAGGGAACAAUUACAGCCAUUACAGAGUGGUAGUUCAGGAUUAGUACCAUGUGCUCAAUCAUUAAAUGUUGCUGUCAAUACUGCGACUGGAGACGGGAGUAAUAACAACAGUGGUAAUAAUAGUGGAAGUAGUGAUAGAAGAAGAAGAAGUGGCCUUAGCACUGUUAUGCAGCGACCAG